UUUACGUUUUACAGCGUCCUCAUAAUUCAGCCGUUAAUGUUGACGUUAAACGUUAAUGUCAACCGUCGACGAAGCCAAUGACAGUCCACUGAUGAGGCCGAAGAGCGACCACACAAACAUCAUGACGAGCAACAAGGGCCGAGCCUGUGGCUGUAAUCAGAGGGAAGGAGACGGAGCUAUGCGGACACAUGUAAGAUGGCAGAGCUGCAAAUGUUGUUAGAGGAAGAGAUCCCGGCGGGUAAGCGAGCCCUUCUGGAGAGUUACCAGAACCUGACCAGGGUCGCGGACUACUGCGAGAACAACUAUGUUCAGGCCCAGGAUAAGAGGAAAGCCCUGGAGGAGACCAAAGCCUACACCACCCAGUCUCUGGCCAGUGUGGCCUACCAGAUCAAUGCCUUAGCCAACAACGUGCUGCAGCUGCUGGACAUCCAGGCAUCGCAGCUGCGCAGGAUGGAGUCGUCCAUUAACCAUAUAUCACAGACGGUGGAUAUUCACAAGGAGAAAGUGGCCAGGCGAGAGAUUGGUAUUCUGACCACAAAUAAAAACACAUCAAGGACCCAUAAGAUCAUCGCACCGGCCAACAUGGAGAGGCCAGUGAGGUACAUCAGGAAACCCAUUGACUACACCGUACUGGAUGACGUGGGCCAUGGAGUCAAGUGGCUAAAAGCCAAGCAACACGGGAACAAUCAACCAGUCAGAGGAGGAACACUAUCGAGGACCAAUCCACCAACACAGAAGCCACCCAGCCCACCCAUGGCAGGACGUGGCACUCUGGGGCGUAACACUCCCUAUAAAACUCUUGAGCCAGUAAAGCCCCCCACGGUGCCCACCGAUUACAUGACCAGCCCUGCUCGACUGGGUAGUCAACACAGCCCAGGACGCACCGCCUCCCUGAACCAGAGACCCCGAACACACAGUGGUAGUAGUGGUGGUAGUGGUAGUCGUGAGAACAGCGGAGGCAGCAGUAUUGGCAUUCCCAUCGCCGUGCCUACCCCCUCCAUCCCUAACUCUGGACCAGUCCCACCCAUGUCUGCUCCUCCUCCUCCACCUCCUCCUCCACCAAUGUUCGGGGGCCCAGGGCCCCUCAUGUUGGGCACAGCCGUAGCGGUGGCUCCAGGCCCAGGGCUCGGUCCGGCCCCCAUGUCUCAGUUUGGGACAAUAUCAAGGCAGAUAUCCCGCCACAACUCCACCACCUCAUCCGUCUCCAUGGUUUCGGCCACAGGGACGUAUCGCCGCGCCCCGUCCGUUUCGGCCCAGUUCCCCCUGCAGCAGCCGCACGUCAACGGUGCCGCUCCAGCGGCCUACACACAGAACUCAAUGUCUGUUGCCCCCCCGCCUCCCCCCAUGCCUCAGCUGAUUCCACAGAUUCCCCUCACAGGCUUUGUGGCGAGGGUGCAGGAAAACAUUGCAGACACCCCAACUCCUCCUCCCCCGCCACCCCCGGAUGACAUGCCCAUGUUCGACGACUCCCCGCCCCCUCCGCCGCCCCCGCCGGUGGACUACGAGGAUGAGGAGGCAGCUGUGGUCCACUACAAUGACCCCUACGCUGAUGGAGACCCCCAGUGGGCUCCUAAGAACUACAUUGAGAAAGUGGUGGCCAUCUACGACUACACCAAGGAUAAAGACGACGAGCUGUCCUUCAUGGAGGGCGCCAUCAUCUACAUCAUUAAGAAGAACGAUGACGGCUGGUUCGAGGGAGUAUGUAACGGAGUGACCGGCCUGUUUCCCGGCAACUACGUGGAGUCCGUUAUGCACUACGCUGACUGAAGGGACCACAGCAUCGGUCAUAUUUCUCCAAAUAUAUAUCAGAAACCAGAAAUCUCAUCACUUAAUAAAGAAGUGCAUUAGGGUGUGAUUGUUCCUGACAAAUCGCAGAUUAAUGAUAAGAAAAGAAAAGUCUAUUGAGUUUAUUUUGUUGUACGGGGGGGCGUCUGCGGGGGUGGGUGUACUUGUGAAAUGAGGUGAAAGGAGGGAUCGGUAUCGUCUGAUGCGGUCGUUCUGUGUAUAUACAGCGAGCAGUAGCCUGUUGGAUGUUUGUAGUGUUUUUACAGUGAAUGUCAAUCAGUCAUGAACAGUAUCUCUUACAGUCGACGAUGCCACGCGAGAAACACGUAGGUUUAUAGUUUCCGCUUGGAAUACGGUCCGAACUAACCCCUUCACAAAAUGCUGAUGCAUUUUCGAUGCUGAAAACACGACAAACAUUGACAAUACAGAACCGUGCGUCAUUUCUAACUGAUUUUUUUUUUUCCUAAUCUUAAGGCAUCAAGUCUGAAAUGUACUUAAAUUUUGACGUAAAGCAUGCCUGCAAAUUUAAGAUAUGUAUUGUAACCUCCACGUUUAAUUCCAUUUCGCUUCCAUUAUGCUUUAAUAUACAGUGAACACUUCUUAGUUUUUAUUUGAUUUUAUUCCUUUUUUUAGGGGGGGGGUCCAGAUACUUGAAGGUAUUUAUGGACAUUUUAUUGCCUCAUUUGUACUAAAACAUUCAAUAUAAUUUGAAUUCGCCCCUCCCUUUUUGUUUGAAUGCAUAUGUAAAGGUGCAUUUAUCAAAGACGCAGGUCCGAGCGUCUUUUCUUUCUGCGUUUUUAAGGUGAUUUUUCUGUAAGCGUUUGGAAUGAUGAGCAAAAACAGACUACCUGUAGAUAGCUUAAACAUGUAGACAGUAAAGUAAUACCUUAAUCAGUAAUGGGAUUACAAUCCACAACACUGUGUGUCACGAUCUACAUCCAAAAAGACAAAGAAAACAUGCAGUGUAAUUACACUAAAGAGAUCAGUACAUCGUUUCUCAUUACCUCCUUGUAUAGAAUGAGGAACAAAAACGGAAUUGUAUUUGUGAUCUGAUCUGCUCUGGUAUCAUAUCUCAGGUUUUCACCAUCUUAAUUAAUAGCAUUUCCUGUUUAAUUGAAAGAAUUUCAUCCUUUUUAUUCCACUGUACAUCAAGUCUUAACAAGUGUUAAUGCUUCAGUAUAGAGGAACAUUAUGAUGCUCUUGUUGAGCCUUAAUAAGUCAGUAGCUGCUAAUUAACUGGCAGCUUAUUGCUUAUGAUAACUGGAGUGAAUUAAGCUGUUUUCACAUUGUUUAUUGAUUUGAAAACAUCCAGCUAGUGCUUUGAUGAGAUGCAGUCUGAGAGGUUUGGUCUGGACUUGAUGUGAUGUUAAUAAACACAGUUCAUGCAGACCAGGUGGUCAACUGAGGCCUAAACUGCAGAAGUUAGCACUUUUGUUUGUUCGGUUUGUCUUUAUUUAGAGCUAAUUGGUUUAUUAUUGGUUUAUUAUUGCAGUGUUGAUAAAAAUCAAAAGAAACUGAGCACAAUAUGGACUUAAGUAAGGGUUGUGCACAAUAUUAUGACAUAUAAUGCAGAAAUAAACAUGCUUAACUCACUCUAGUUACUGCUUCAUAAAGUACUAAUGAGCAGCCAGUUAGCUGGUUAUUACUGGCUUGGUAAGGUUUCCUCCUUCUCACUGAUUAAUCCUCUAAGUUGCUUAUCUUCCUGGAUCGCAGGGGGUGCUGGAGCCUUUUCGAGCGCUCACAGAGUGGAAGGCAGGAAGCACCCUAGACGGGUUGCCAGUCCAUCACAGGUUGAUUAGGUUUAAUAGGGUUAGAAUAAUGGACACCUACGAAGAUUGAUAUACACAAAAGAAAGGGCUCUGAAAAUGCCUCAUUCACCCCAAUCAUUGCCUAAUGCAGUACAAAUAAGCAGGAAGGUUUUCACACUUUUAAAUAAUUCAGUGGUUGAGAUGUAAACAGUCAUUCAGGGUGGUUUGACGUGAAAUUUCACAUUUUAGAGAAACCUACUCACUCAGAUUUGUUUACAGUGGUGGUGAUAGGAACCAGGGGUCACAAUCUCUACAACACGAAUAGCCAUUUCAUUUGCUAUUCAAAUGACGUGUCUUCAGAGCUUUUAUGUAAUGUUGAUGGGUGAAAUAGUGCUAAAAAUAAUCAAAUGUUUUGUUUGGUGACGGUUUUGCCUCACAACACCUUUUCGCCAUUUAAUGGAUUUGAAAUCUACAUUUUAAGCCAAAACCUUCUCUGAACUAUCAUAAAAAGCAUCCGGCUUCAUGUUACAGUAAUCGUUUUAUAUUUUCUGUGCUGUAGCUUUUAGAGACAAACACUUAAGACGUCUGGUUGCUACCACCACCAUUAUGAACAACUCUGACUCGGCACGUUUCAUACAAAACCACUCUAAAUGACUAACAUCUCUAAAAAUGUAGUUGCGCAGAAAUGUGUGUGGGGGGGGGAUCGGUGGCAUUCCCCUUUAAUUAGCAGCUACUGGUUUGAUAACUGCAUUACAAGAGCAUUAUAAUGACCCCCUGUACUGAAGUGUCGCCCAGCUCUUUUCUGACCCCACACUGUUCAUUUAUGCCACUGCGUCAUUAUGAUUUUAUGGAAACUGUUAAGAAUUUCCCGACCCCCAUCCAAAAGGAAUUAACUGCUCGUCACUGUCGGACAGGUCAGCAGCUAACGCCUUGAUUAGUUUCACUUUGUGAUAAACAUUUGUUCCAGCUGAAUUUGAAUGGAGAGAAUUAUCAAAGCUUGCCUCUGCCCAGAAUUUGUAUUUAUGAUGUUAAUUGAAAAAUUAAAUGUACAGUCUUUUAUAAUAAAUCAUUCUCCUGUGUAAAGAAAA